AUUCAGGUCAGGUGUGGCCGUUCACGAAGCACUGGUAGCCUAGGUGGUUCUUCUUCGCUUAAAUCUCCACCCACCCAUAUUAUCCUCUAAUCUGAUCUCAGCGACCGCCGACGACGAGUUCAUAUCCCCGACUUCUAUUAGCUUGUGAUGGGUAUUAGGAAUAUGUAGUAUGAAACAGUGAAAUAGGGCUUCAAUGAAUUUUUCUUCUAGUAGCAGUUUGUGCCUCUUCCGCUUUGGUCCUCUCUGAUUUUCAAAAUAUACAUGCGUGGUUGCUGCUAUUGUAGAAAAUAAUUCUAGUUUGGCUGGGGUAAAUCAGGGAUUUGUGACUGCGGGUCCUGCAAUUCUAGCAUUUUCUUGGCGACCCAGAGCUGAUGAUGCUAUCUUUGAUUUUCUUAGUGAGGGCCUCAUUUGCUUUUGCUAAAAGUUCAUGAAAAUACUAGCUGUGCUGUGGAAAGCAAAUAAGCAAAAUCAGCUUCCAUCGUCGCCUUUGGUACUCUUCAAAAGGGUAUUCGGAGCUGAAUCGAUCAGAAUAUGCAAUGGGAACCUCUAAAGCACCCAGACUUUCUGGCAUGCAGAAACAGGUGCUCAGCUUGUACAGAGGUUUUUUGCGAGCAGUGCGUUCCAAGUCCCCUGAAGAUCGCCAUCGGAUUGAAUCAAUUGUGUCAGCUGAGUUCCGCAGCAAUUCCAAGCAAGUAGAUCGGAAGAAUUUCCUCUACAUUGAAUAUUUGCUUCGCCGUGGUAAAAAGCAACUCGAUCAACUCAAGAGCCCUGAUACCGUCGGAAUGUCAUCUUUGAAUGUCAGUUCAUCUGAAGCUGAUGAUUCUAAACAUUGAAGGAUCAGAUUUAUUUUUAUUUUUUUCUCUAUAUUGUUCUUUGAUUGAUUGGUUGAAUUGGAAAAGAGCAAUAAUUUCCAAGUUAUGACAAGAUUCUAUUAGUGUGUUAAGCUAUUGUUCUGUUUAAACUUUGAAAUGUCUAGGGGCAUUGAUAGUACUGUUACCCGCUGGUAAUAGUGUAGAUUGGGGUCACUGGCACAUAUAUUUCUUUUGUACUUUAUUUGACAACAUGUAAACGCCGGAUAUAAUCUGAGGAAUGGGUUAGAAAUGCAAUGAAGAUUAUUCA